AUGAUUGAACAUUUUGGACAUGUCAUUUUGAAAGACACUCAUCUCAUCAACAUUCUAGUCAGACGUAAUAAGGGAAGAAAAUAUUGGGGUUGUAAAAUACCUUUGGUCAUGGGAGAUUUAACAAUAUCGAAAGUACCACUGGAAUGGAGAGCAAAUAAGGAGUUGGUACUUGCUAAUGUGCAUCAUGAACAGUGUUUUCCGUACUUGUCAGAUGAGUUGAAGAAUGAUAGGGAUGUGGUUUUGCAUUUGUUGCGUUUUGGAAAAUUAUUUGCUGGAAUUCCAGACCAUUUUCUAAAGGAGAAACAGUUCAUUUUGGAUAGUAUUCGAAAUAAUGUUUGUAUCUAUGAGUCAGUUUCUGAUACUUUUAGAAAUGAUAGAGAUGUAAUUUAUCAAGCAGUCGAACGUUCAUCUCAUUUACCUGAACUUUUCAUACAUAUACCAUCUCAGUUCUUUAAUGAUAGAGAAUUUGCACUUUUUACUUUUAAAAUUAUGGGAAAGAGGUCUCCUAAUUUGGAAAGUGCAAAAGAUCUAUUCAAUAGAUUAUCUCCAGAAUUAAAGAAGGAUCCCUACAUUAUAUUAGAAGGAUUUAAACAUGGAUGCUGUCCAUAUUCAACAAUAAUAGAGGAAACAAUGCAAAAUGAUUUGGAAUUUACCAGAAAUGCAUAUAAUCUCAAUAAUUUACAUUUAAAGGUUCCUGAAAAAUUCAAAACUGAUGGAAGAGUCAUUUUACAAUAUCUCAUUUCAGAGAAAAAGACAACAAUUCUCAAAUAUUUAACUGAUGAUUUGAAAAAGAAUAAGAGGUUCUUCCUGGAUGCCAUUCAACAAUGUGAUCCCUCCAAUAAUACCUAUGAAUUGGCCUUUGAAGAAGUGAAGAGAGAUCAUGAUGUUUCCAUUGCUGCCAUUUCUAGAUUUCCUAAAAUGCUCGACAAGAUUCCACACGAGUUGAAACAGAAUAAGAGUUUCGUUUUGAGAUUGUUAAAAAUUGUCAAACCAAAUAAGGUUUUCUCUCUCAUACGAAACGAAUUGAAAACUGAUCAAGAUAUCAUGAUUCAAGCUAUCAGAGAAAGUGCUGACAUUAUCAAAACUUCAGAAUUGAAAUCUGACAAAACUUUUGUAAUGAAAGCCUUAAAAUUCAAUCCUGAAAUUCUCAAACAUGUUUCUGCUGAACUCAAGAAUGACAGAGAGGUAGUUUCAAUUGCAGUUCAACAAGAUGGUCAAUCCAUUUUCCACGCGUCCAAAGGUUUGAAAAACGAAAGAGAUUUAAUUUUACUAGCAGCCAGUAAUUCCAUUUCUGUCCUAGACAAGUAUAGUAGUUUAAGUGAUGAUCCUGAUGUCAUUGAGUUAAUGAUUAGAAAGCAACCUAGUUUAUUACAGUCGAGAAAAUUCAAACACCUAGCAAAAGACAAGGAAUUCAUGCUCAAACUAAUUUCCAAAACGAAACAUUUUUGUUUCUACUAUCUUGCUGAUGAAUUGAAAGCUGAUAAAAGCUUCAUGUUACAAGUUGUCAAAUACGAUGGAUAUACUCUCCCUGAUUGUCCUGACAAAUUGGAUAAGGACAUUGUAAGAGAAACAUUGAAACUGCAUGACAUUAACGUGAAUGUAUUGGGACUUGCAGCAAAAGCACCAUUCAUAGAUGAAGAAUUUUUAUUGGAAUCUUGUCGAUAUAACAUGAAAUGCAUUUACAUGACAUUGAGAUUGGGAAAAUUUAACACCAAUGAACCAUUUUUGGCAAGUCUAGCCAUGGAAAAUUUGAGAUUUAAAGUGUUGGAGAAGGGAGAGGCAGGAAGGAAUCUAUUGCCAUUCAUUACUUCCCCUUUGGUAAGCUUUGAAAUGUAUACAACCACAAAUAAGAUACUCAAUAAGAAUUAUUCAUUAACAAUGGGAAAUCAUCAUUAA